GAAAGAAAAGCCCCAUAGAAGUAGUUCUACGCUGUUUUAAAUGAGAGUUUUAGCUGUUUAGCUCCAUUCAGCGCGGUGAUGGGGUGUAAUGUGAUAUGGAGGGGGCGGAGCUCUACAUAACCCGAGUGAGGCUGAGCUUCGGGCUCUGCAGUUCUUUCGCAGCGCCUGAGGAGGAAGAGCAGGAUCAGCUGAACUACAGAAGAAAUAAAAAUGUUUCAGGUUUUCUCCUGAAAUUCAUCACUACCAACAACCAGGAUAAGUAACAAAGAGCAAUGUUAAACUGCUGAAAGAGGUGAAGCACAAGCUGUCCAGAAGAAGCUCCAGAAAUGUUUUGAUACGUUGAACAGACAAAUGAAGACCCGGCAUGGAGAAACAUCAGCACUCUGUCAAGAGUUUUAAUCAACAGAGAAAUCUCAAAAAACACCAGCGCAUUCAUGCAGGAGAGAAACCGUAUCACUGCUCAGACUGUGGAAAGAGUUUUACUAAACAGAGCAAUCUCAAACGACACCAGCGCAUUCACACAGGAGAGAAACCGUAUUACUGCUCAGACUGUGGGAAGAGUUUUAGUCAACCGAGUGCUCUAAUAGAUCACCAGCGCAUUCACACAGGAGAGAAACCGUUUCACUGCUCAGACUGUGGGAAGAGUUUUAGUAAACCGAGUACUCUCAAACUGCACCAGCACAUUCACACAGGAGAGAAACCGUAUCACUGCUCAGACUGUGGGAAGAGUUUUAAACGAAAGAUUACUCUCAAAAUACACCAGCGCAUUCACACAGGAGAGAAACUGUGUCACUGCCCAGACUGUGGAAGGAGUUUUACUACAAAGGGUGAUCUGAAUAUACACCAGCGCAUUCACACAGGAGAAAAACCGUAUUACUGCUCAAACUGUGGGAAGAGUUUUAGUCAACUGAGUAAUCUCAAAAUACAUCAGCGCAUUCACACAGGAGAGAAACCAUUUUACUGCUCAGACUGUGGAAAGAGUUUUACUGAACAGAGUACUCUCAAAAAACACCAGCGCAUUCACACAGGAGAGAAACCGUAUCACUGCUCAGACUGUGGAAAGAGUUUUACUGAAAAGGGUACUCUCAAAAAUCACCAGCGCAUUCACACAGGAGAGAAACCGUAUUACUGCUCAGAUUGUGGAAAGAGUUUUACUGAACCGAGUACUCUCAAAAAACACCAGCGCAUUCACACAGGAGAGAAACCAUAUCACUGCUCAGACUGUGGGAAGAGUUUUACUAAACAGAGUACUCUGAAAAUACACCAGCACGUGCACUCAGGAUAGAAAAUUAUGACAAAUCUGUUGCACUGUCAUAAAAAGCGCAAACCCUAAAUCUUUCAGACAGAAAAAACACCUUAUCAUAUGCAAAAUCUUCCCUGUCAUGACCAGAGCUCUUUUAUCCCAAACUGGAUUUACCCUGAAAGCCUUGAAAGUAAACUUUUUAUAAACAGCUAUGAAUCUCAAAUGACAUCUUUUUUAACAUCUCCCCAGCCUCUCCCAAUGGUUACUAAUUGCAUUCAUGGAACAACACAAAUCUUACCGGGAGUUAGACCAAUAGUGACACGUUCUGAACAAAGAACGUGCUAAAGGACAGUGAAACUGAAUCAGAUGGAUUCAAAAUUAUUAUGCAAAUAUUUUUCCCUGAUUUUCCUAUGUAGUCGAUGCAAAUGACAGUUAGUGUAAUAAACAUCAUCACCCGUGAAAGUAUAAAUUGUAUUUUAUUGAACAAACUUCCCAAUGAUAACAGUAUAUUCUUUACUGAAAUCAAAAGCUAUUUCAAUCAACAACAUCCUAACAGGCGAAUUUAUAUGUUAACAUGUAGAGUUUCUGCUUGAAUUUCUUUGCAUGAUGACAAAAUUGUCUGCUAGAGCUGCUGUUUUGAUGUGAACUGCCUCCCACCCGCAUAGUACUCUGUAUGUUCUUUAUGCCCAUAGCCCCCAAGACACAGAUUGCAGCAUGUCAUGCAUUGUCAUGCAUGAAGAUGAUUUUGAUCCAGAAGGCACGGUUCUUGUUUUUGUACCAUGGAAGAAAGUGGUCAGUCUGAAACUGUAUAUGCUUUGCUGAGGUCAUUUUCACACCUGCAGGGACCCUAAAAGUGCUACAAGCUCUCUCCCCAUGAUUCCAUCCCAAAACAAGACUCCGCCCCCUGCUUUUGUUGGGACAUGGUGGCCAGCCACCAACCAUCCACUACUCCAUCCAGUGUUGCACGGCACUCAUCAGUAAAAAAGACUGUUUGGAAAUUAGUCUUCAUGUAUGUCUGGAAAGGGCGGCACGGUGGCGCACGGUAGCACUUCCGCCUCACAGCGAGACAGCCUGGGUUUGAUUCCCGGCUGGGGAGACCCGGGUCUUUCUGUGUGGAGUUUGCACGUUCCCCCCGUGUCUCCGUGGGUUUUCUCCGGGUUCUCUAGUUUCCUCCCACAUUCUGAAGACGGCACGUUCAGUUUAAUUGGAACUUGAUUGAAAUUGCCCGUCUGUUGUGAGUGUGUGAGUGAAUGUGUCUGUUUGUCUGCCCAGCGAUGGAUUGACAGCCUGUCCAGGGUGUAUCCUGCCUUUCGCCCAAUGCCGGCUGGGAUAGGCUCCAGCCCCCCGCGACCCUUAAUGGAUAAAGCGGUUGACGAUGAGUAAAGAGUGAGUAUGUCUGGAUCCACUGCAGCUGUUUCUGCUUAUGAGAUCUAAUUAGGGGAGGAAGAGUAGGUUUAUGCACCACAGCAGGAUUUGAAUGAUUCUACCUAAACCUUGAGGUUUGUGGGACUCCAGAGGCACCAGCAGCUUCAAAUACCUGUUUGCUGGUUUGUAAUGGCAUUUUAGCAGCUUAAUCUGAUGAACAUGCCUAGCAGAAACCUUCCUCAUUUUCCCUCUAUAUGCACAAACCCGUCUGUGCUCUGAAUCAGCCACAAAUCUCUCCAGAGUACGAUGAUCACGCUUGGGUUUUCGUGAAAUAUCUAAUGUUUUCAUACCUUGUCCAAAGCAUUUCACUAUGUGACGCUUUUCGGCAGCAGAAAGAUUCUUUUUCAUUUCAAUGUUGCUUGAAACCUGUGGCCAGCUUAAUAAUGUGGAACAUCCUUUUUAAAUAGUUUUCCUUUAAUUGGGCUCAUAUGGGAAACUAAUUAUCACAGGUGUCUGAGAUUGAUAUCAGUGAUCCAAAGAGCCCUGAGACAAAAAGACCAUCCAUGAUUGUAAUUGAGAAACAAAAAAUGUAUCUUUGACACUUAAAUCCGAUUUGCAUAAUAAUUUGGAACGCGGUGUAAAUUCCUUUCAACAUACAGGCCAGCCUGUUUCAAAACCAAGGAAGAGAAGAACUUCCUUCUUAACGUCUUUUAAAAGAAGUUUUCCUCAUUUCACCCUAGUUUAAGUUCUAGAGGAAUUCUUAACACGCAAUGAAACUAGCAUUUAGAUAUUGGAAUUAGAUAUUUUAAGAUCUGUAACAACUUUCUUUACACUCACAGUUUUUGUUAUUCCAAUUCUUAGUGAUGUAACUUUUCUCUUUGGUCUUCUCUUUGUUCUUUUUUUUCUUGAUUAUUGUCUUGGUUUAAACUGUGACUUCUGAUUUAUUUUUGAAAAAUGCCAUCUGAAAUGUUACAACCUACUUAUAUAAGUGAAAUAUAUAUUGCCUGAUUGUCUCAAGAGUAAAGCAACUUGGUUUUCUUUCAGUAAAUGGCGCCUUUAGGUCAAAGUCUGGUUGGUUCUUUUUAAAAUCUCUCUGUAGUGUAGACAGCUCCUUUUGAUUUGCUUGGGUGGAAACAAAAACUGACUUCUGUAUGUUGUAAAGUAACCUAGUUAAUAAUUUAGAAAUCCUUACUUAAUUGUUUUCAUUCAUGUGAUAAUCUAUCCUUUUUAUAUCAGUGUUCUCCUUUUAGUUAAAUCAUUUAUCUGUAUACAUUAUGAUUUGACAUCUAAUGGCUACAUUUAUGACAUAUUAAUAAAUCAUUUUACUCCCAUAUAUCUGUGAUUUUAAUAAAAGCUUUUAUGUAACAACCCUGUAAUUUCAGUGUGUUUUCUGGAGAGUUGGUUUAGAAACUUUCUGUGCCUGUUGAAAAUCCCAUUUUUCUGAGAUUGUGUUAUUGUCUUGUGUUAUUCAUUAAUUGUUGAUUGUUAGUUAAUUGAUUGAAUAAUUUAUCUAAUAUAAUUCAUUUAAUAACCUUGCGCCCAAUUUUUUUUUUUUAAAUGCUUGUGUCUGUGGAAUAUUUUUUAUACUCCUUUAAUGAAAUUGGAAGAUGUUCCCAGGGAUUCCUGCUUUAAUUAACUGUUAUUUUGUUGAAGAUCUAAGAAUCCUGUCUCUCUAUAUUUUAUCUCUUCUACAGGAUUCUGUCAAAAGAAUUCAGGGGGAACACACUGGAAACAGCGCAGUAGGGGGUUAGUGCGGUUUUCCCAACAGUUUAUAUUCAACACUUACUAAAGUGUAGUGAUUAGGUUGGUUCAAGAAAUCAACUUACUCAAGUAUGUUGCUAAAAGCAGGAAUACCUUCUUAUGAAAUUAACUUAUUUAAGAAAUAUGCAUAAAAAAAUCAUAUAUAGAAGCAGAAAUAAUGCACACACUCAUAAUACACUACAUAAUCUGUAUGAAAACAAAAUGAAUGAAUUCUUAAGCAAUAUGCAGUCUAUAUAUAAACUAAAAGUCGGUUUAAAAAUGAAUAAAUAUAAUAGCAAGAGAAUUAACUAAAUGCAGAAAAAUAUAUACAAUAGUAUGUACUAAGUUAUACUUGACACACUGUGUACUGCUCUUAGAUAUGACUUUUUCUUUCUUAUUUAAUAAGAAGUGAUUAGCACAAAGGGUGCCUGUUUGUAGCACCUGAAUUCUCAACCCCCUGUCUUACACAUCUACCUAUUUAACCUAGUGUUAGCUAAAUUAACUAUCUACCUAUUUAACCUAGUGUUAGCUACAUUACUAUCUAGCUAUUUAAACUAGCAUUAGCUAAAAUGACUAGCUAAUUAUUUAAUCUAGCAUUUGCCAAAUUAUCUAGCUAACUAUUUAACCUAGUUUUAGCUAAAUUAACUAUCUAAUUAUUUAACCUAACGUUAGCUAAAAUGUCUAGCUAAUUAUUUAAUAUAGCAUUAGAUAAAAUUAUCUAACCAUUUAACCUAGCGUUAGUAAAAUUCACUGGUUGAUUAUUAAACCUAGCAUUAGUUAAAUUAACUAGCUAGCUAUUUAACCUAUUGUUAGCUAAAUUAACUAUCUAGCUAUUUAACCUAGCAUUAGCUAAAUUAACUAUCUAGCUAUUUAACCUAGCGUUAGCUAAAUUAACUAUCUAGCUAUUUAACCCAGCAUUAACUAAAUAAACUACCUAGCUGUUUAACCUAGAGUCAGCUAAAUUAUCUUAACUAUUUACCUAAAUUAUCUUAACUAUUUACCUAGUGUUAGCUAAAUUAACUAGCUAGCUAUUUAACCUAGAGUUAAGAUAGACUUCAGAUAGUUCCAGGAAGUUCUUGGUGGGCAAUUUGAGCCCAUAAACACAGCGACAGAACUGCGAUUUUGGGGUACUAAUAUAUAUAUAUAUAUAUAUAUAUAUAUAUAUAUAUAUAUAUAUAUAUUCAUUUCAUUAUACAUAGAUAAUUCAUUGAGGAUUUAUUACCAUUGACCCAGGCUUGCACCUCCACGCCUCAGGAGGUUGCACUCACCCCAGUUUUACUCCAGUUUGUCGGUGUAAUUAUGCCUAGUGUGUAUAAAUAGACGCCACACCUGGAACCAGGUGCGACGUCUUGUCUGUUUUCACUUGCAAUUCGAAGCGUUCUGUAUUUUUGUCUGACUACCUGAUCUUUUGACUUUUGCCUCGUAUUUACGACUCUGAUUUUGGAUAUCCCUUGCCUGCUUUGUUUGCCUGGACUUUAAGUGUUUGUUUGUUAAUAAAUCUGCAUUUGGAUCCUC